ACACACAAACUCACAAACAAUUUUUUAUAUAUCUAUAAACACUUUUGUUUUGUUCACAUAAUAAUAAACUUAACCUAAAGGAAUAUAUAAGCAAGCAAGCAAGCUAGGGUGGUCAAAUUAAGGAGAAAUUAAUUAGAUGUAUAGAGCUCAUCAUCAUAUGAUGAUGAUAAAUCUAGUUGUAAUGUGUUUGGUUUUGGGUUCCUUAUUUACCAAGACCAACACAACUUCAAUAACCCAAGGACAAGAAAAGGAUCGAAUUACGGCAUUGCCAGGGCAGCCGAACGUGACGUUUUCCCAAUAUUCGGGUUAUGUAACAGUCCACAAGAGACAUGGUCGAGCCCUUUUCUACUGGUUGAUUGAAGCCGCAUCUCAAAAUCCACAACUCAAGCCUCUUGUUCUUUGGCUCAAUGGAGGUCCAGGUUGCUCAUCAAUAGCAUAUGGAGCCUCAGAAGAAAUUGGACCAUUUAGAAUUCACAAGAAUGCCCAGUCCCUCUAUCUCAAUAAAUAUUCAUGGAACAUAGAGGCAAAUAUUCUCUUUCUCGAAUCUCCAGCUGGUGUCGGUUUUUCGUAUACAAACACAAGCUCUAACCGUAGAGACUCGGGUGACAAAAGAACUGCCAGGGAUGCACUUAAAUUCCUCAGAGAAUGGAUGUCAAGAUUUCCACAAUACAAAUACAGAGAGUUUUAUAUAGCCGGAGAAAGUUAUGCAGGUCAUUAUGUUCCUCAACUAGCGAACAAAAUCCACAAUUACAACAAGAGGCAUCAUGAUCCAAUCAUCAACCUAAAAGGGUUCAUUGUAGGGAAUGCAGUAACAGAUAACAAGUAUGAUAACAUUGGGACAGUGGACUAUUGGUGGAGUCAUUCUAUCAUAUCAGAUACAACCUACAAAUCAAUCAUGAGUGCUUGUAAAUUCACAUCAUCAAAAUUCACAGAAAAAUGCGAUAAUGCAAUCAACUACGCAUGGAAUAAUGAGUUUGGGGAGAUUGAUCAGUACAGUAUAUAUACACCUUCUUGUAACAAGUCAUCAGCCAACGUUGCACCAAAAAGGCUUAAGAACACACUUGUACGCAGACAUAUUUCGGGUUAUGAUCCUUGCAUUGAAAGAAACUCAGAAAAGUAUUAUAACCGGCGUGAUGUACAAGAAGCAAUGCACGCAAAUAUCACUGGGAUUUCCUAUAAGUGGACUGCUUGCAGUGACGAACUUCUCGAAAACUGGAAGGAUUCUCAGUUUUCAAUGUUACCAACGUACAGGAAACUAAUCAAGAAUGGUUAUCGAAUUUGGGUGUUUAGUGGUGACACAGAUUCGGUUGUACCAGUUACCGCCACUCGGACUUCAUUGAGCCAUCUCAAUCUCACGGUCAAGACUCCAUGGUACCCGUGGUACUUAAAGGGCCAGGUAGGAGGAUGGACUGAAGUGUAUGAGGGACUAACCUUUGCCACGGUCCGAGGAGCCGGGCAUGAAGUCCCUUUGUUCCAGCCUCAAAGAGCAUUUCUUCUAUUCCAACAAUUCUUGGCUGGCAAAAACUUACCAAAAAACAAGUAGAAGUAAAGAUUUUGAAGCAAUAUGAUCAACCCACAGAAAAGUCUAUGGGUUAUCUAGUAAGUAUAGAUAUGAUUGAUUCAAAUUUAAGUUUACAUGGAAAUUAACGUUGACUUGAUAAGUAGUUCAAUGACUUUCUGGUUGUUAUCA